UUCUAUGCAACAAUAAUAGCAUCAUUCUUAUGCUCCCUAUACUUGUUCCAUCGCAGAAGAUCUAGCAAACACCCCCUCUUGAGAGAUUACCCCAUCCUUGGAAUGUUGCCACCAGUGCUUUUCAACUUGUGGCGUGUUCAUGAUUUUUUCACGGAGGUGGUAACAAAACAUGGUGGCACUGGGGAGUUCAAAGGACCAUGGUUCGCCGAUAUGAACUAUUUGGUCACUUGUGACUCCCUCAACGUGCAACACAUGUUGUGCAAGAACUUCGACAACUAUGUCAAGGGACAUGACUUUCGUGACAUUUUCGAACCAUUCGGAGAUGGGUUUGUCACUGCCGAUUAUGAGACAUGGAAGUACAUCAGAACCAUUCUCCAUUCUCUGAUGAAACAGCCAAGACUCAAAGCAUUUUUCGAUCAAACCGUUCAGAAGAAGAUACUUACAAGCCUGCUUCCAAUAUUGGAUCAUGCAGAACAACAUGGGAGGGUGGUGGAUCUUCAAGAUCUCCUCUUGCGAUUCACUUUUGAUAACAUAUUCUUAACAACUGUAGGACACGAUCCUAAGUGUCUUUCCAUUGACUUCCCCGUAGUUGCAGUUGAGAAGGCUUUUAGAGUGUCUGAAAAGUCGAUAUUCUACAGACACACGGUGCCGUACACUGUAUGGAAAUUCCAAAAGUGGCUCCAAAUUGGUCAAGAGAAGAAGAUGACAGAAGCAUGUAGAACAAUUGAUAAGUUCAUAUAUUCACUCAUAGAGUCCAAGCGAGAAGAGUUAAGCAAGUGCACAGAAGAAGAAAUGAAUGAAGCUCCAUCUGACAUGCUAACUGUUUUGAUGACAGAACAUGGAGGGAGUGAGCAUGAUGAUAAGUUCGUAAGGGAUUUUGCAUUUAACUUUCUUGUAGCGGGGAGGGGAUCCAUGGCUUCGACUCUUACCUGGUUCUUUUGGCUUCUUAUCAAACACCCUAUAGUGGAAGCCAAGAUUCUUCAAGAGAUCAGAGAUAAUUUUAAGAAAAAUGAUGACCGUGGUCAUGGUUUUGAUGAGGAGCAGGAUCCGAGCCAAUCUGUAUCUGGGGAAGUUUCAGGCAUGGAAGAGGUGAAAAAGCUGGUUUAUCUGCAUGCUGCAUUGUGUGAAUCUCUGAGACUUUUCCCUCCAUUACCUAUUCAACGGAAGCAAGCAGUUAAAGCUGACACUCUUCCAAGCGGGCAUAUAGACCAAGAACUUGUUUGGGAAAGGAGUCGUCUUUUCUUCAAAUGAAGAUGCUGACAGCUACUAUGUUGUGGAAAUAUCGUUUUGAAGUGGUGGAAGGUCAUGUUAUCAGUCCAAGCCGUUCAUUUGGGCUUUCCAUCAAGAACGGGUUCAAGGUUAGGAUAAUGAAAAGAGAACUUUAAUGCUGUCGUCUGUGUUUUGAAACUCUCACAUCAAAAUUAUAAUAUAUAAAACUGAGGUGUAAACAAACCUUACCUUAUCUCGAUU